AUGGUGGACGCAGCCGAUGUCACUCUUGGAGAUGAUACAUUUUCUGAUGCCUUUAAGGUGUGUUACAUCACCGGAGUUGAGGGAGGAGGUAAUGAGUACUCAAAGUACUUGGGAGCACGUAUCUCAUCUAUCUUUGUGAUUCUUUUUGUUUCCACAUUCUUCACCAUUUUCCCAUUGCUUGCAACCAGAUUUAAAAAGUUGAGAAUUCCACUUUACGGUUACUUAUUUGCACGGUACUUUGGUACUGGAGUUAUCAUCGCUACAGCGUAUGUCCAUUUGAUGGACCCAGCCUAUGGCGAGAUAGGACCUAAUACUUGUGUGGGGAUGACUGGUAAUUGGGCAUCGUAUUCAUGGCCUCCAGCCAUUAUGCUUGCUUCAAUCUUUUUCAUUUUCAUCGUCGAUAUCUUUUCCGCCGUCUGGGUAGAAAGAAAAUACGGCAUUAGCGAUCUGCACGAUGUGAAUGUGGAAGAUAUUAUUGUUGCAGGAAAUGAUACUCCAACAACGGCGGCCGUCCAUCGGACACGCGAGUCAACGAGACAGGACGUGGAAAAGCAAAAAGACGAUGUCGAUACUGGAUGCGAGUCUAUUGCCAAUACUGAGGCUGAAAUCAGUUUCAAGAUGCAGUUCACGGCCUUCCUUAUUUUGGAGUUUGGAGUGAUUUUCCACUCAGUAAUGAUUGGUCUCAAUCUUGGAGCCGUGGGUCCUGAUGAGUUCAAAACAUUAUACAUUGUUUUGGUGUUCCACCAGUCGUUUGAAGGACUUGGAAUUGGUGCCAGACUCUCUGCUAUUCCUUUCCCUGCUGACAAACCAAAAUGGAUUCCUUGGUUGUGUUGCAUCAUUUACGGUUUGGUUACCCCAGUAUGUAUCGCCAUUGGUUUGGGAGUCAGAAAAACCUACUUUUCCAACUCAUACAACGCCAAUAUUAUUCUGGGUGUCUUGGACUCGAUUUCAGCCGGAAUUUUGAUGUACACUGGUUUGGUCGAAUUGUUAGCUCGGGACUUUAUCUUUGACCCUCAUAGAACAAAGGAUCUCAGAAGAUUGACGUUCAUGGUUGUGGUGACAUUGGUUGGUGCCGGAAUCAUGGCAUUGCUUGGUAAGUGGGCCUAG